UGGUAAAUACACGUUCAAUUUUCAAAUAUUUGUCAAUGGACAGGUGAUGGUGACGCUCAAGAGUUGGUUUGUAAUUUGGAUUUUCAGAGAGCGAGACCUUGGAUAGUGUAGGAGGGUGUAGGUCACUAAAAAGCAUCGGGCUUCCAAGAAAAAGUUUUCCAUACAGGCCUCUAUAACAACUGGAUUUGAAGAGUCAGCUUAAAAUAGGAGUAAAAGAAAAAAAAAGAACAAGGAUGUGAUUGACACUGAUUGCAACUUUGGUCUGAAAGUUACAGGAGCAAAGAGCAACAGUUUAGUAAAAUUUCUGGGGAAUUAAGGAAAUCCAAGUAUCACCAUAAGAAACCUGUUCAUCAAUGUGUUAUUUGUGACAGUUUGAAAUUGUAAGAACACCCACCGCUUUCUUAGACUUGUCAUGAAAGUUUGUCAGCAGAAAUAAGGCUGAGAGUGGCAACAAAACCAAGCCAUUGUGUUAGUUGAGAUUAGUCACAAUUUUUAUAACUGCUUCUCAACUGUAGCAGUCGCAAUGUAGUCCUCAUCAAAAUCUGACAGGUACUUUAUAUGUUCUCACCAUGAAUACUUCGGACCAUGCAUUCGCCAUUGUUGGCUCACGGCCCAGCUCAAGUUUGAGUAGUGGUCCUCCGAGUGGGAGGAGCCGAAAUCCAUACCACAAAGUUUCUAAUACGUCUGAAGUCGAUGAUCUUCUUUUCAAGCCGCACAAUCCCAAUCCCCGUGGUGACACACAGUGGAGUGACAGAGACAAUCCUUUUGCGGAUCGCAAAGAGAAACCAUUAAUAUGGUCUCCGCCGCCAUCGCAAAGAGACAGCCCAAGUCCACAGAGGUCAGCAAGGUCUGUUUCGCCAGCGGGGUCGAGAUCCAGCACCCCCCUAGGUUCACGGUCAAGGAAUAAGUACAGACUGGUUAAGCACACGCCAACAUAUGUGGAUGAAAUGUUGUUUGGAGAACCUCUCCCUGAACCCACGUUCCCAGCUCCUUGGGAGAAAGAGAGUCCAAAGGUCAAACCGUUAUUGUUCUCUCCCACAAACUAUAAAAUUAUGAAGGCAGACUCAUCUAAAUCAGAUACUGGAUCUCCUAAGAGACCAUUGUCAGGACGACCGUUGUCAGGGAGACAGGGGUCAGCAGGAGCCACGACGACAGCAUCCAGGCCAGCAUGGAGAUAGAUACUAGAAGCAAUUCAGUGUUGAAGAAAAAGUAAAGAUCUCUCUUUUUUAAUUUUUUUCUUAUAUAUGCAGGCUCUUGUACAGUGCUUGAACAACACAUUUCCUCAUACUUUCAAACAGCAGAAAGAAUCUACUUCUGUAUAAUAGGUACAAGUGAUUGUAUAAAGCAAGAAAUGGUUUUUAUUUAAUAAUUGCACUUUUUUAAUUGUGAUAUCAAAAUGGUUUUAUGUGAUUUUUGUACAU